CAACUACUUGGAGAAAAGACCAGUAUAGACAAAGCAGGAUGAAAAGAUGGCUGACUUCUUGUUACCACCGGGUACUAACAGCUUCCACCGGUUCACGCCCGAAUCCUUGGCUGCUAUUGAGAAGCGAAUUGCAGAGAAGCUUGCGAGGAAUGCGAAGCAGGAGUACAGAGAGCAGCUGGGCGAAGAGGAAAAACCUCAGCCUCAGUUUGAUUUGCAAGCGUGCAAGAAGCUGCCUGAUAUCUAUGGGACUGUUCCUCCAGAGCUUAUUGGAGAGCCACUGGAGGACAUUGACCCCUUCUACAAUGACCGCAAGACAUUUGUAGUACUGAACAAAGGGAAGACAAUAUUUCGAUUUAGUGCCACUCCUGCCUUGUAUAUACUUAGUCCUUUCCAUCCAGUCAGAAGAGCAGCAAUUAAAAUUUUGGUACAUUCAUUGUUCAGUAUGUUUAUUAUGUGCACUAUUUUAACUAAUUGUGUGUUCAUGGCGCAGUCAGAGACUCCAUCAUGGAAUAAAUAUGUUGAGUACACUUUCACUGGCAUUUACACUUUUGAGUCAUUGAUAAAAAUAUUGGCGAGAGGAUUUUGCAUGACAGAAUUCACCUUCCUUCGAGAUCCGUGGAACUGGCUGGAUUUCAGUGUUAUUGUUAUGGCAUACAUAACUGAAUUUGUGGACCUGGGCAAUGUCUCAGCCUUGCGAACGUUCAGAGUACUGCGGGCGCUGAAAACAAUCUCAGUCAUUUCAGGACUGAAGACCAUUGUAGGUGCACUAAUCCAGUCUGUUAAGAAACUUGCUGAUGUGAUGAUCCUGACCGUUUUCUGCUUGAGUGUCUUUGCCCUCAUAGGCCUCCAGCUCUUUAUGGGCAACUUGCGACACAAGUGUGUGAGGGACUACACCCAGUUUAACUUCACCAAUGGCACGUUGUACUUGGAUGGCAGGACAUGGAACAACUCAGAGGAAUUUCUUAAUGAUCCAGUAAACUACUUCAUAAAGAAUGGUACAGAAGAUGUGUUACUGUGUGGAAAUAGCACUGAUGCUGGCACUUGCCCUGAGGGAUACAUAUGUCUGAAGGCCGGGGAAAAUCCUGACCAUGGUUACACAAGCUUUGAUACUUUUGGCUGGGCCUUUCUCUCUCUGUUCCGUCUUAUGACUCAAGAUUAUUGGGAACGCCUCUACCAACAGACUCUCAGAUCUGCUGGGAAGAUCUACAUGCUCUUUUUUAUGCUGGUCAUCUUUCUGGGCUCGUUUUAUCUGGUCAAUCUGAUUCUGGCUGUGGUGGCCAUGGCAUAUGAAGAGCAGAACCAAGCCACUAUUGCUGAAACGGAAGAAAAGGAAAGAAAGUUUCGGGAAGCCAUGGAGAUGUUAAAGAAAGAGCAGGAGGCACUAGCUGCUAAAGGGAUUGACUCAAUGUCACUUAGCUCCCUGGAAAUGUCACCUUUAGCAUCCAAAAAUGCCAAGGAAAGAAGAAACAGGCGAAAGAAAAAGAAAUCUUUGGGGGCAGAAGAGUAUGGGGAAGACCAGAGGAAUUCCAAGAGUGAAUACGAUGACGGUCAGAGGAGAAUGACUCUCCUUGGCAUUAGUUAUGGUCCCAGUGCAAACUUGGUGAAGCGCAGAACCAGCCACGGAAGCAUAUUCAGUUUCCGACUCCGUGGUAGAGACACUGGCUCCGAAACAGAUUUUGCCGAUGAUGAGAUCAGCACCGCUGGGGAAAAUGAAAGCCACCGAGGCUCUCUCUUAAUUCCAAGAUCUGGGAGACGUCCGAGCAUUCAAAGUCAAGUGAGCCAUAGUUCUCACCCUACUACUCCCAACUGCACCCAGACGGGCAAAAGGAACAGCUCAGUGGAUUGCAAUGGUGUGGUUUCCCUGAUAGGAGGAGGCACCGGGGCACUCAACCCAGACCCUACUUCUCCUGCAGGGUUACUGCUCCCCCCAGUUAUUAUGGAAAAACCUGGGACGGGCGAUCUGACCUCUCCCUCAGAUGAGGCCAGCAAGAAGCAGCUGUUAAUGCCCCAUCGCCCAUCGGUGGACCACUCGGAUGAACCCUUCCAGAGGCAGAGGGCAGUGAGUGCUGUCAGCAUCAUCACCAGUGCCCUGGAAGAGUUUCAGGGGAGAAGCAGCACAUCUGACGUGUGCAUUGUGAAGGUAUCAAAAUCAGUGAGAGUGGAAUACACAGGGUUGGUUAGAAAUGAUCAUGAGGAGUAUGCAGAUAAAUGGGUUCUUCUGGUUCUACCUGGAAAACUAAGUCCAUUAGGAAGUGACUACCUCAAAGUCUUCAUUGCUUUCAGAGCUCAAGACUGGUGUGUCCCUAAGAAUGAGAAAUCAGGCAAAGGUGACAAGAGACCUGCAUGGAUGAGCAAGAAGCUCGUGGAAAAACUCAAAUGGAAGAAGAAGAUUUAUAGAAUGUGGAAAUGGGGCCUGGACACCUAG